ACUAACAUAAUUUUUUUUAAAAACAAUAGAUGUUCUGUUAGAUGAAUCUGAAAAGGGAAGCCUGAAGAAGGAUGUUGAACCUGCUAAAGAAACCGCAAAAAUAGGACAGAAGAGAAGAACGUCUACAAGGACUUUUCCUAUUCAAAAGGAAGCUGAUGCACCACCUCCAGCACCUACUCCAAUAAAAAAAAAUGGCAGGUGCUCCUGCUGAAUAUCCUCCAGACCAAGGCAAAAAGGGUGGGAAAAAGAAAACUCCAGAAGAAGUGAAGAAAACUUCUAAGGUUGCUGGCAAAAGAAAAGCAGAUGUCAGUCCUGCCAAGAGAAAUGCUGGAAAGAGAAAAAAAAUACAAGAAGUACCAUCAGAUGAACCCUCUCAAGAUCCUACUGAUGAAAGUUCUACUGACAGUGAUGAUGAUAGUGAAGAGUCAGUUUAUAGAGCAGAAGCAGAGCCUGUCAGUGAGGAUGAUUAUGAGGUGGAGGAAGAGGAAGAAGUAAAGCCAAGGAAGAAACAGGCAAAGAAAGGGAAUUCAGUGAAGGCAAAGGUUGAAAAGGAGGAGCAAAAGAUGGUACUGUAUGAUGAAGGAAAGAUUGAAGGUAGGGGAAAAAAUAAAAUGAAAACUGAAAUGGUUCAAGCAAUAGAAACUGAUGAAGUUGAGGAAAUUCAGGAUGAUGAAUUUGAGUAAGAGAAAUCUUCAAAGAGAGGAGGACAUGUGAAGUUCAUUGCAUGGAUAAAAAAGAUGACACCUACCCAAAAACAACAAGUUGUUGAUAUAGGGUUAGGAUCACUUCUUGACAUUAGUUUACCUCAACUUGAUCAAAAGUUCUGUAAUUGGUUAUUGGGAAGUUUUGAAGAAAAUAGCCAGUGUUUUGAACUACCAAAGAAUGAAAAAAUAGAAAUUGAGGUAGAGGAUGUUAGGGUAGUUUAUGGCUUGCCUACAGGAGAAAUUCCAAUUGUUGAGCCAAAGUCUGAUAAAAUUAGUGAGGAGUAUGCAGAAUUUCUGAAGAAAUGGAGAAAAUCAUGGUCAGGAAAAACUCCAUCAGUGAGUCAGAUUGUGAAUGGAUACAUAAAUGAUAAAUUCACCAACAACAGACCACCAAGUGAACAUUUCAUUACUAACUCUUGGAGA